AUCGUGGUAACAGGCGAACUACGAACUUCUACACCAGAAAUCGAAGUCGUUGAAAUGGCGCAAAAUAUGUUAACUCUCUCCAUCAUUGCGGUGCUGGUGCUCUCAGUCGGAGUCAGCGCUAAACGUGGAUGUUCAGCCUUCGGGCACUCCUGCUUCGGUGGUCACGGGAAAAGAUCUGGUGAACCUGCUGAUAAUGUGAUGGAUUCGUCGAACUCCGAGCUCAUGGGCAAUCGGCAGCUUGGUCAAGAGGAGACUCCACCUCAUCCCGUAUAUCCCCACUCUGGAUAUGGAACCCUGCCUGGUGACGACAUCAUUCCUGUUAGAGAUGGAGGCGUAUAUGACCGAGAGGAAAAUAAUAUGAGAGAUGCUGUGAAAAUGAAGUUACGAAACAUUCUCAAAUACUGGAUGGAUAACUACAGGCGAUCUCGACUGAACAACGAGGACGGGUAUUACAUUGACAACUUGUAAACUAUGACAUUACGCUUCAUUAAUUAAAUGCAAUAUAAAGUAAACGCGUAACGAAAGAAGCUUGAUUUUAUUUUUGAUUUUCGUAAUACAUUAAUUCAUCUACAGAUAUUGAUAUAAACAAAAUAUUUAAAAUGGAAUUUAAUUCGUAAUAUCAAAGUGGAGAGAAAAAUUACGGUUGACGUCAUAAUGCUUUCCUUUUUUUUUAUUUUGUCAAAACGGUCAAGCUUAUUUCGUUAUCAAAAUAUUAUCGACUGUUUCAAGUAUUGUUACAUUUCAAAUAACUUCAUAUUGUAUUCAUCUUAGAUUCAAGAUCGUCAAUUAUGAAUUAAAAAAGUAAAAAAAAAUAUGAAA